AUGUCUGUGCCAUCAGGUCGUGGGAAAGGAUUGCUUCACGGUGUGGUGGCCUAUGUGGAUAUUCGAUCCCCUUUUGGAAACCCGGCUUUUGUAGUAUCGCGGCGUCUAACAUCACUUGGCGCAACAGUCGAAACAACUCGUAAUGCCUACGUUACCCAUGUUAUCUUUCGCUACGGAGAUCCCAUGACUAAGCUAUGGGCGGAAAAGCGCGGAUUGUGCGUAGUAGCUCCGGCCUGGGUUAAAGCUUGUGUCCAACAAAAGGUAAAAUGCCCACUCAUUCCUUCACCUCUCAAGUGUCGAGUUCCGGAGGCUUGCUAUUACUUGAAAGACAAAGAAGAUGUUGACCUGGCAGACGACUGUAAUCGCAUCGCUUCUAGAAAUGGUCCUCUUAUGAGGGAUGAACCGAUGUCGGCUCCCCACUCCGAAGCUUCCCUUUCCCUAGGUUCUGCUAUCAUUUCCACUUCCAUCCCCUGUUCAAAGACUCCACCAGGCGUAUGGAAGUCUCGUGACGAUCUUGAUACACGCACCAAGAAGAUGGACUCUUCUAGAAAAGAGACUCAUGAAACUGCCUCGCUUCUACUCAGGCCUUCUCUUAGUGGCAGUGGAUUGUCCUCCCAACCCCAAACCCCCACUUCCUCUCCUAUCGUCACCCUAACCAAGCCUCCACCGGGUUGGAUGCGUCUCCCAUCUCCACCACAGCAAGUUGCAGACCUGCCCCUUUUCCCUGAGGAUAAUGCCCCAGCGCAGGAGACUCAACCGCGUCUCUCCGACGUGAUCGGCUCCACCACUCUUUCUCGCAUGCCUCUGUCGCCUGACGUGCUUCAUUUCGUCGUUCGCAACUUUGCCUCUUCUACCACGGCGAUUAAGAAAAAUCUUAUGCCUAAAAGAGAAAAGCCUUUACUUCUGGCACCAGUCAAGGUGACGCCCAGUCAGGAGAGGAAGAUUGUCAGCAAGACACCGACACAGAAGUGGAGGAGGAGGAAUCCAUUGGAGGGGCGCCGGUCAUCACUACGUAGACAGCUCCUUAAGUCCCAUGUUGAUGCCUUAAGCGCUUCUGAUGGCGUCACGUUGAAAGGAAGAAUUCUAAAAAGUGUUAAGAGGGGGGAUUCGGGGCAAAUAACGCAGGGGAAGAAGGGAUUGAAAUCGGUUGAGGUGUUGCCUCAACCGAGGCGGAGGUCCCUGCGGCUGUUAGCGAAGGUGACUAAUCGUGUUGGUUUGGCAAUGGGCCCGCCCGAAACAGCCUUGGGCCCCACUUCGAAAUCAGUCAUCGUCGACUCGGAGAUUAGUCUAAAUUCUCCAACAGUGAACAUCUGUUCUCCCGAAUUGCGAAACAGUCUUGAAGAUUUUAUCAACCCGUAUGUUUUGAGGCCACGUCGCCAUGCAGGAGCUUCGGUCUCAGCGCCAAAUCGACCGAUUGAAAUUCUUUUCUCCGGCCUAAACGCAUUUCAAAGACAGACCCUUAUCGCACUGCUUCGCUCAAGCACUGAGCUCAGCAAGCAUGAGGUGACACCCACACUGAAUCGCAGACUCUGUGGCCGCGCUGAUGUAAGUGAUAGUCCCAAUGACAAAAAAGGCCCCAAGGCUUCGGUGCUGGCAGCCAUUCUCGGCACGGAGGCGGAGGCACCGGCACAGCGGUGGCGUCUGGCGGACAUCUUCAGCACGCGCACCACCACCCACCUCGUCUCCACCUCACCCUUUCCUCGCACGAUCAACCUCUUCAAGGCCGUCCUCGCCUCCAUUCCGGUGAUCGACAUGGCCUGGGUCGUGGAGUCUGCGAAGGCCGGCAAGUGGCUCCCCUUCAGGCGCUUUCUUAUCUCAGGGCUACCUCCAGCAAAGGCUGCUGCGAAACUGCAGAAGCUCUUUUCAACAGUUGGCUGUGUUUUUGUGGCUGCUGGCACCUCUCCCCCUCCUGCCGCUCUCAAGGAACUCAUCAUCAUGGGUGGAGGUUCUGUAUCCAAACGGGCAAUCGGAGCAGAAUUGGUUGUGGGUCAGAAAGAUACCAAAAAGCCCAGUGUUUCCCCCAAAUGGGUUCUAGUGAGCGCAUCACAGACUGCCGAUCAAAAGCUGCGGUUCUCUUGCUUCAGACCCACCUGGAUAAUGAAAUUUCGAGUGCGAUCCAAUGACAGCGGAUCGAUCGACUACUUCGCAAACACCAUUCAGGUUUUAGCCGGUCUGGCCAAGAACUGCGUCCUCCGUAUCAGGAAAGAAAGUAUGAGCUUCAUUAUCCGCGAACGCAGUGCCCAAGGUGGUGCUGACAUUUGGUGUGAGCUCGAUCAGACAAGCGUCUUCUCCGAGUGCAUCUGUGAAGGUCUCUCGCCAGAACAGGACGAGAUCUUUCUUGAAGUCCUUCCUGAGGAAAUUCUGCACUGCCUGAGGGGUAUCAGUAACAGUGUCUCCACCAGUAGCACUGGUGGUGUCCCUACCUCCCAAUCUCACACUACCGUAGGCAGCUCAGGCGUGACCCUGCCGCGAGGUCAGACCACUUUACACAACUUCGUUAGUACUGCACGCAGUCUCAAGAUCAAAUUGGUGCGACGUAAGACACCCUGUCUGGCGUUGGAGGUUGAACAGGCCAGCAUAAGCGGUCGCUCACGAGCUGUGUGGCAUUUUGUUCCUGUCCACAUUCUUUCGCUUCGUUUGUGGUCGGACUUCGAGGAAACGCCAGAUCCAGAUUUUGAUUUGAGCAUCUUCCUUCCUCCCUUGAAAAAUCUCCGACUCUUUGUGGAUCGCAUGAAGCACUUUGCAAGAUUUCUUACAAUCAGAGCUACUGGUGGUGGUGACCUCUACUUGGAGAUCAACAUGGAGACCCUGGCACGCGUGCGACUGACCUUUAGGGGACUGCGAGCACGUGACUGGCAUGUCCCCGAAGGGGCGGGGGACAACCUCACCACCACUACCACCUCCUUUUCUGCCACCAUCGAUAUUCGUCGAUUUAGCCAACUUCUUUCCACACAACGCGUUCAGCCCAGUUGGUUCGUUUGCAACAUUGUGCAAGAUCAUCUCAUUCAAUUCGUUAUGCUGUUCGAGCACUCCCGUCUCAAGUACACCCUCCCCACUUCGCAUAUUUGA